AUGAAGCGGCUGCCGCUUCCUCCCGGACGGACGUGCCCCCCGGACCCGCCUCCGCGGAGGCUCGGGCCCCGCCGCCCCCGGAUCCGGGCGGGAGGGCGGGGUGGCGCCAGCGCGGAGGGGAGGGCGGGCCGCGGAGGGGCGGCCACCGUCGGUCCCUCGCCCGUCGCGGCGCCGGACGCUCCCGCCGCCUCCGCUCGGUGCCCUCUGUCCCCGGGAGCGCGGGCUGGGCCGCUCCCUCCGGAGGGAAGCGCAGGGGGAGCCCCCGGACCGCCGCCCCCGGACAGCGCCGCGGAGCCCGGGCCGGGCCGCGCUGAGGACGAGCCCGGGCGGAGCCCCGCGCGCCGUGCCUGUCGCCGGCCGUGUCCGGAGCCGCGGCCGCGCCCGCCCGCUCGGCGCCCCGGCCGGGGGGAGGAGAGAGGGGCCCCGCCGGGCGUGGGCGCACGCGGAGCCGCCGUCGCAAGGGCCUCGCCGCCGCGGCUCCAGCGCCUCCGCCCGGGGGAUGCGGCGGCCCCGGCCCCUGGCGCCCCCCCGUGUCUGCGCCGGGCCCCCUCGCUCCCCUGCUCCGCGGCCACGACGCUCGCGGGCCGCGCCGGCCAGGCCCCCCCCAUGGCGGCCAAGUGGUUCAAGGAGUUCCCGCUGAACCUCAGGACCGUGUCGGAGCGCGCCCGGCCCGGCGGCGGCGGCGGCGGCGGGAAGCCGCGCAAGAACCCCGAGGCGGGCGGCGGCGCGGGGCCCCCCGCGGGCAAGGGCCGCAAGAACUCGGGGGCCGGCCCCGCGCCGCCCAAGGACAGCCGGCUGUCCCGGGAGAGCCUGCAGGGGCUGCUCCAAGCCGCCGCGGGCCGCGGCCGCAAGAACUCCCGCUCCGCCGCCCCCGACGAGGAGCCGCCGCGGGGCGCGGCCCGGAGCGCGGGCUGCAGCACCUACAUCAACCGGCUCAUCAAGGUGGACGCGCAGGACAAGAACGGGAAGGCCGGCUACCCCGGCGGCAGCUCCAGCAGCAGCAGCAGCAGCAGCUCCAGCUCUUCCUCCGCGUCCUCGUCCCCAUCCUCCCUGGGCCCCGAGCUGGACAAGGGCAAGAUGAUGAAGCAGCAGGACACGGUCAUCAUUUUAGAAGACUACGCUGACCCAUAUGAUGCCAAGCGGACCAAAGGCCAGCGGGAUGCGGAGCGAGUGGGCGAGAACGACGGCUACAUGGAGCCCUACGACGCACAGCAGAUGAUAACAGAAAUCAGACGCCGAGGAUCCAAAGACCCCCUGGUGAAGGCCCUGCAGCUGCUGGAUGGCCCCGGGGAGCCGGGGGAGCCGGGCGCCAAGCCGGAGGCGCUGGCCCGCAGGCGGAGCUCCAAGGACCUGCUGGGGAAGCCGCCGCAGCUGUACGACACCCCCUACGAGCCGGCGGCCGAGGGGGGCCCCGAGCGCAAGGCGCGGCCCCCCGAGGCCCACGGCCGGCUGCCCCAGGACGACGAGAGGCCCGCGGCCGAGUACGAGCAGCCCUGGGAGUGGAAGAAGGAGCAGAUCGUGCGGGCGCUGUCAGUUCAGUUCGAAGGCUCCGAGAGGCCUUCCCCCAGGGAGGAGCCCGCGAGGCAGCACCACCGGCAGAAGAGCUGGACCCAGAAGAUCCUGAAGCCGGUGCUCCCCGACCACGGCGAGGGCGAGCGCGUGGACCCGGGCCUGCCGCUGGACAAGCAGCCCUGGUACCACGGCGCCAUCACCCGUGCGGAGGCUGAGAGCCGGCUCCAGCCCUGCAGAGAAGCUGGCUACCUGGUUAGGAACAGCGAGUCCGGGACCAGUCGGUACUCCAUUGCACUGAAGACGAGCCAAGGCUGCGUCCACAUCAUCGUGGCCCAGACCAAGGACAACAAGUACACGCUGGACCAGACGAGUGCCGUCUUCGACAGCAUCCCCGAGGUGGUGCACCACUACUCCAACGAGAAGCUGCCUUUCAAGGGGGCGGAGCACAUGACCUUACUCCACCCCGUGCACAGCAAGCUGCACUGAGGCUCCGCCCCCGCCCCCCGGCCUCUCGCACCCAAGAGGGCGUCGGCGCCCACCCGCCCUCGGGGGACCAGGCUGGACUGCGCCGCAACCAUUGGUAGGAGGUGGCGGGGUCUUCAUGGAGAAGUCAAAGCGUCUUUGGGCGUGAAUCCAUUUCAUUGACACUCGGUCGCUGACCCGUCCCUUUCCUCCCUGCUAAGCAGCCCUCCAAUAAGAAAUCGUAACCUGCCAGCUGCCUCCACUCCCUGGAGUAGGGUGUUCCAUUUGGGUCUGACCCUCAGCCAAGGUGAGUCAGGAGUCCGGGCGUAUGGAAGUUCUCCAGACACUGUGCUAAUGUUUGCCUGCAUUGCCUCGUCUCC